UUUUGCAGGGUAAAAUGGAUUUCUUCGUCAGAAAUGGCGAGGAGCCGUAUAUGCAAUUCUCGAAUUUCAAGCUGCGGAGCUAUUUUCCGCAUGAAAUCGACAAGCUCAGUGUGCUCAAAAUCACGCAGACAAAGACUUUCGAUGAGGUCGGUCACCCGAUUGCCGGCGGUCUUUACGACCCGAUUUUGGGCCCUGACAACACUUUCGACAUGUGCAUGACGUGUAAUCAAUACGAACGUCAUUGUCCAGGACAUAUGGGACAUAUUCAGCUGGCGGUUCCGGUUUUCAACCCGCUUCUCUUCCAGUUCACCUAUAAUCUUCUCAAAGGCUCCUGCGUCCACUGCCAUCGAUUAACCUGCAAAGGAGACGGAGUGAAUGCCCGAAUGCUGCUCGCCCAGCUCAGAUGCUUCGAGCUCGGCGUUGAACACGUGGCGUUCGAUCUGGAAUCAAUUCUGCGGGAUAAAAUCGCAAAUGCUGAUCUUUUCGGCGAUGACGAUUCGAAAACCUUCAACGACGUGGAUGCUUGUAUCGCUCAGCUCGCGAACAAGCCGCUUUCGGAGCUCACCGCGUUCAAAUCGAUGCCAACCAAGAAUAGUGUUCAGCUGAAAAAAGAUAUUAUCACCGAAUUCCUCAGAAGUCACCUGUUCAAACGUCUCCAAAAAUGUCCGCUCUGCAAGAAUCGCAACGGAGUCCUGCGAAACGACGGAGCUCGCUCGAUUCUCAUCGAUUUCACCUCCGGGGCUCGCGGCGGCGGAAAAUCCAAAAAAGCCAUUAUCAUCAUCGGAGAUAAUGGAUAUAACGAGGAAUCUUCGACAGAUGAGGAUGAGGAGAAGAAGGGCGGCGGCGGCGCAGAGGUCACCGGAGAUGUUGUGGAUUUGGAUGAAGGAAGCCUGGAGAUGCAGAUGAAGAAUGUGAGAACUGGAGAAUGCGACAAACUAGCGUGGAGAGGUGCUGAAGUCCGCGAGCACUUCAGGAUGCUGUUCAAAAACGACGGAAAGCUGCUGCUCAAGCUGUUCCCGAUGCUUGUCGACGAGCUCAACGGAGAGGACAUGAUCUGCCCGCUAGACGGUCUCUUCUUGGAGCGAAUCCUGGUUCCACCGAAGAAAUUCCGCCCGAUCCGAAUGUUCAAGGGCGCUCAAUACGAGGAUCCACAGACUCUGAACCUUCGUAAAGUUCUCGAAGCGACCGAGACAAUCUCGGCGAUCUCUCUAAUCAUGAAAGGCGACACAAGUGCUCAGUUGAAGGAGCUCAUCGCGAAUCGGGUCCGCGGGAAGACGAUCAACGCGCAGAUGCACGACGCCUACCUGCAGCUUCAGCUUCGCGCCAACGCGAUCUUCGAUCAAGAUCUCAACAAAGGCGACAGGGAUAGCAUCGCCGGUAUCAAGCAGAUCUUGGAGAAGAAGCAGGGAUUGUUCAGAAUGCAUAUGAUGGGAAAACGAGUCAACUUUGCUUGUCGAUCAGUCAUCACUCCGGAUCCCUACCUGGAUAUUGAUGAGAUCGGAAUUCCGGAUAUUUUCGCGAAAAAGCUCACUUUCACAGAGCCAGUGAAUGCUUUUAACGUGAACGAGAUGAAGGGGCUUCUCCGCCAAGGCCCCCACCAGCACCCGGGAGCCAAUUUCUUCGUGGAGCCUUCCGGCAAGAAGACGAUGCUCGGUGAUAAGCCUGAAGAGAAGAAGCGUCGGAUGCAAAUGGCCAAAACCCUCAACGCGGCGACCACAGAAAACCUCCGCCAAACGCCAAAAGUGUUGAGACACAUGAAAAACGGCGAUAUGAUCAUGAUGAAUCGUCAGCCAUCGCUUCACAAGCCGUCGAUCCUCGGCCACCGAGCCCGUGUGCUCACCGGACAGCGGGCUCUUCGGAUGAACUACGCGCCUUGCAAGGCCUACAAUGCGGAUUUCGAUGGAGACGAGAUGAACGGACACUUGGUGCAAUCACAUAUCGCGCAGACGGAAGUUCGCGAGAUUGCGAACGUCGGAAGUAACUUUUUGGUGCCGAAGGAUGCGACACCGCUGUUGGGAUUGAUUCAGGAUCACGUGGUGUCGGGUGUCUUGUUGAGUGUUCGGGAUCGAUUCCUGAAUAAGGAGGAUUUUAUGCACCUUGUGCUCGCCUCAUUCGCCCAGUACUCGAAGAGGAUCGAGAUUCCACCACCGACGAUUCUCUAUCCGAAGCGGCUUUGGACUGGAAAGCAGGUCAUCACCACAAUCGUCAAAAAUUGUAUUCCAGACGGAAAACCGCUCAUCAAUCUCGACGGAAAAGCCAAGACACCGCUCAGCUGCUGGAUUGUGCCGGGAUUCGAUGCUCCGCAAUUCGACAUGAGUGAAUCUCAUGUGGUGUUCAGGCAAGGAGAGCUGCUCGUCGGAGUUCUCGAUAAGGCUCACUUUGGAGCAACGCAAUUUGGAUUGGCUCAUUGUGCAUUUGAGCUUUAUGGACAUCGGUGUGGAGUGCAGUUGUUAUCGUGUUUUUCGCGGCUUUUUACGACCUAUUUGCAGUUCCACGGCUUCACCCUCGGAGUCGCCGACAUUCUCGUCGUCAAGGAUGCCGACGGAAAACGCAAGGAAGCCGUCAUGGAAUCCAGAACCAUUGGAAAUCAAGUCGUCAAGACAGCGUUCGGCCUUCCAGACACUGCGACGCCGGCAGAGAUCAAGCGAACGCUCGCAGCCACCUAUUGUAAUCCACGUGGACAAGGGACUGACGUGAAAAUGUUGGAUUUCGGUAUGAAGCAAGGAAUCGCCAAAUACAACGACGCCAUCACAAAAUCCUGUGUGCCGACUGGUCUUCUCCGGCUUUUCCCACAAAAUGCUCUGCAACUGAUGAUUCAAUCCGGAGCCAAAGGAUCCGCAGUCAAUGCUAUUCAGAUUUCAGGCUGUCUAGGCCAAAUUGAGUUGGAAGGCAAGCGUAUGGCUGUGACGAUCGCCGGACGGACUCUCCCAUCGUUCCGAUGCUUUGAUCCAUCCCCGCGGGCAGGUGGAUACAUUGAUCAGCGAUUUUUGACCGGAAUGAAUCCACAGGAGCUGUUCUUUCACACAAUGGCCGGUCGAGAAGGUCUUAUUGAUACGGCUGUAAAGACUUCCCGGUCGGGAUACCUCCAACGUUGUAUCAUCAAGCAUUUGGAGGGAAUCCGUGUGCACUACGACUCGACCGUCAGGGAUCAUGAUGGAUCGGUGAUUCAGUUUCGGUAUGGAGAGGAUGGAAUGGACACGACGAAGGCGACUUUUUUGAAUAAAAAGACUAUGCCGUUCCUGGAAGAUAAUCUGGAAGCGGUGACACUUGCGUCGAAGCCUGAAGGAGUUACAGAUGCUGAUUUUGGAAUUAAGGAGACCGAGAAGCGGUAUAAAAAGAUUGUUAAGUGGAAGAAAAAGGCCGAGAAAUCUGGGAAAUCGGGCACAAAAAAGUCCUAUUUCUCAGCAUUCACAAACUUCUCCGCGGAGCACAUCGGCAUGGAGAAGAAGCGGAUCCUUGCGAUGUGGUUUGAGCUUUCCCUCGAAGAACGCGAGCAGUACGCCCGUGGAAUUCCGAAAAAGUGUCCGGAAGCGGUGGAUGAGAGGUUCAACCCGACGUGCAAGCUUGGAGCCCUACCGGAGAAGAUGUUGGAUGAGAUUGAGGGGUUCUGUACGCGGCGGGUGAAGAAGGUGGAUGAUGAGGAGCCACCGAAGGAGGUGUUGAAGAGGACGCUGUAUUGGAAAGGAAUGAGAUCCCUCGCCGAUCCAGGAGAGAACGUCGGACUCCUCGCUGCUCAAUCAAUCGGAGAACCAUCAACUCAAAUGACACUGAACACUUUCCAUUUUGCCGGUCGUGGAGAAAUGAACGUUACUCUAGGAAUUCCGCGUCUUCGAGAAAUUUUGAUGACUGCGUCGAAGAGCAUCGCAACGCCAAGUGCAUCGAUUGCCGUCAUCGCUGGAACAUCAAGGGAUCGUAUCGAUUCGAUUAAGCGGGAGUUGGAUCGAGUCUAUUUGAAGCAAUUGUUGAAGAAUUUCUCGUUGGAAGAGAAGAUUACGUUGACACAAAAUCAAUCCUGCCGCCGCUACCACCUCCGCAUCGACAUUCUGGCCGCCGAGAAGCGUGAACUCGGAGCCCGACACCUGAAACGUUCGCAGAUUAUGGAAGAAAUCGAAAAGCGAUUCAUUCUCCGUGUGGCUCAGGCGAUUAAAAAGAAAUAUCACGAGAUUACCGACUAUCAGCAAAUGUCUCAUCGUACUAUGCGUCAGGGAAAUAUGGCAGCGGGAAUUGAAACUGGCGGGACAAAGAAUCGCGGACUUCAGGGACCCGACAAUGGAGAUUCGUCUGACGAGGAAGCCGACGGAGGACGUGAAGCUGAUGCAGCUGAAGCUAGGCUUCAUCGCAGACAUCGAGAUGAGGGGGCGGAUUAUGAGGGAGAAGAUGAGGAGAGAGUCGAGGUUCGAGAAGAAGAGGAGCCGAUGGAUUCGGAUUCGGAAGAUGUGAAGAAGGAGGGAUUGGAUGGAGAGGAUCAGACGACGGAGCCACUACUGGUCAACUCGUCGAGAAUUCAAUCUGUUCAGCGGCUUUCCGAGAAUAUUUCAUCGUAUACGUAUGAUGUCAAGUCGAAUAAGUGGUGUGAAGUGGUUUUCGAGCUUCCACUGAGGAAUAAGACCAAGAUGGAUGUUUCUUCGAUUGUUGAAAAAGAAGUCGAACUAUUCAUCGUCCAUCAAACUCCGGGAAUCGAGCGAUGCGUCGAGACGACUGAGCAGAAAAACGGAAAAGAAAUGACAAUUCUGCAGACGCAAGGAGUCAAUUUGGCUGCAUUCUUCAAGCACGCAGACGUGCUCGACGUCAAUUCGGUCUAUUCGAACGAUCUGAACUUGAUUCUCGAGAAUUAUGGAGUUGAAGCUUGCUCUAAGGCUAUCACUACUGAAAUGAACAACGUGUUCGCCGUCUACGGUAUCGAGGUCUCGAAGCGACAUCUCUCUCUAACUGCCGACUACAUGACAUUCACCGGACAAAUCCAACCAUUCAACCGCGGAGCCAUGUCGUCGAGCUCAUCACCCCUCCAAAAAAUGACGUUCGAAACGACGAUGGCCUUCUUGCGAGAGGCGCUCUUGCAUGGCGAAGAAGACAAUGUGAACUCUCCGUCGGCUCGUCUCGUAAUGGGAGCCCUUCCGCGUGGCGGUACCGGAUCGUUCGACUUGCUGCUCGACACGAAAAUGCAAUCCGAACGGGAGGAGCACGAGGCGGCGAGGGCUCGAAAGCGGAACGCCAAGCAGAAGUUUUAAUCAUUUUUUUUAGACGAUUUUGUUGUUGAGUUUUCAAUUGUUUUUCGUUCUUUUUUUUUGUCAUUAUUGUUCACCGAAAAUGUUUUGUUUUUUUUUUCUUUAAUUGUUUAGUUGUUGUUGAUUUAAAUUUUUUUUUGUUACGAAAAAGUCCCCCGAAUAAACUCUGAAUAUAAUAACUUAA